UCGAAGGUAGCACCUUCAAUUACGGCUGCCCUUAGAGCUAACGGGAUUAUGGGUAAUAUUCAUAUUCGUGCUUAUGGCGAUUUUAAUUCUUCUGAGGUCGACAAAGAGGCUCUUAAUUCAACAAACAUUUCUCUACACGGAUCCAUUACCGAAUUAAAUACCGUUGGAAAGAACAAUAGGUAUAAGCAUUUUCUUAUGGAUCUUAAUGAUUGGGUUUCCGCAAAUCCUCCACCCGUACACCUCUUUUUGAUAUUUGGUAGUAAAGAAUUCUCUAGUAGUGGCAUAUUGCACCGGUUAAGAAUGUGCAACUACAAUAUCUUGCUUGCAUGUCCAGGAAUGCCUCAUGUUGCUCUUUGCCAUGCACCAACUAUAAUGUGGGACUGGUCUUCGUUGCUCAAGGGGGAAGACCUUACAGGAAAACAUUUCAACCAUCCUCCUGAUGGUCCAACUAAUUCACGGUAUGGAAACUCAAACGUGCCUCUUGAAAACCCCUUCUCACUUGUUGAUUUUCACACAUCUUCACAAAAUGCGGAGGAGAUCUACAAACCUACCUUGGACAUAAAGUUAUGUGAAGCUUCAAAGUCAGUUUCUAGGCAGGUUAUGAAAAUAUUGUGUUCGCACCCAAAUGGGAUCUCCAUCGGAGAUCUUCGUGCAGAGUUGACAAAGUGUGAUCUGCCUUUGGAUAAACGCUUCUAUGGAAAUAAAAAGUUUUCCGACUUUCUAGUAUCUAUGUCAUAUGUACAACUCCAAUAUUUAGGAGGAGGUAAUUUUUGGGUGCGCUUGGUCCCAUCAACUACAUCUGCUGUUAAGAAUAAGCAGAAAGAUUGUGUCCUAACUCAAAAUCUACAUGAUGAGGGUAAAAAUAUGGAUAGAAGUGCAGAUGGGGUUCCCAGAAUAUCCUCAUCGUGUGUUAGCUGCGAGGGUGAUGAUCUAAAAUCAUUUCAAUUUCUCCCUUCACAAGGAAAUCCUCUUGGGGAAUAUGCGGAUGGUAAACCAUCAUUUCCUUCGUUAGAAAGUAAUGUGCAUCGGCCUCCAGAUGAGUUGCAGAAAAAAUCUCUGGAGGUGGAUGUGACUCAUGCACCAUUGCUGCAGAUUCAACUUCCUCCAAAUGACAGCAAUAUUUCCAAAAAAUCUGACAAUGACAUUGUUAAGUCUGAUGAUGUAAAUCCUGAAAUUAUGGAAAAAAUAAACCCUUCAAAGAAUCCCUCUACCUGUAAUGAUUGCAACAUGUUGCAAAACAAACAUGAGAUUCCAACUACAAAGGAGGUUGAUGAAGUUUGUUGUAGCCCAUUUACUUCAACUUUUGGUAGUUGGAUUAGUAGUUGGUGGACAUUUUGGAGAAGCAAUGCUAAGUCCGAAGUAUACGAGAGUGCUAGUCAUUUUGAAGAAUCCAAGUCAUCAGGAUUGCAAUAUGAUCUUUGUCAUCCUCAGCAACCUUAUUGGGAUAACUUUAAAUGUAGGGUUUCCGUAUGGUGGGACUUUGACAGCUGUGCCGUCCCUUCCGACAUUAGCUUUUUGAAUGUAGCACCUUCAAUUAUGGGAGUUCUUAGAGCUAACGAGAUUAAGAGCCCUAUUUGUAUUGACACAUAUGGCGAUGUUUCUCAACUUUCAAAGAUCAAACAAGAAGCACUUUUCUUAUCCGGCAUUGAUCUCCACCACAUUCCAGGUGGAAAGAACAAGAACAAAUGUUUAAUGGAUUGGCUUUCUCAAAAUCCCCCACGCAGACAUCUCUUUUUGAUAUUUGGUGACAAAGACUUCUACUUCUCCGGCACAUUACGUCGGAAUGACAACUUUUUGCUUGCAUGUCCAGGAAAAGCUGAUGGUUAUAUCUGCAAAGUAGCAACUAUAGUGUGGCAGUGGUCUUCAGUGCUCAAGGGGAAAUAUCUUACUGGAAAAUAUUUCAACCAUCCUCCUGAUUGGUAUAUUAGGAAGCGGGAGCAGACGCCUCUUGAAUAUCCUCCCGAGUGGUAUAGAAACUCGAAGGUGCCUCAUGAAAACCCCUUCUCAGCUGCUGAGGAACCCACAUCUUCACAAAAUGCAAAGAUCCUCGAUCCUUCAUCGUACAUAAAAUUAAUUUAUGUUCAACAGUCGGUUUCUAGGAAGAUUAGGAAGGUAUUGAGUUCGUACCCGAAUGGGAUCUCCAUUGGAGAUCUUACUUUCCAUUUGGGAGAUUGUUUUGGUAGAGGCUUACCUGAUCGUAAAAAGCUUUCCAACAUUCUAGCAUCUAUACCAGAUGUACAACUCUUGUAUAUAGGAGAUGAUAAUUUUUGUGUACGUUUGAUGCCAUCAACAACAUCUAAUGCUGAGGAGAAGAAUGAGCAGAGGGAUGUUAAUCAUUCAAGAAGUCCUGUGUUAUUUUCUACUGAUUCCUUUUGGGAUGAAGUGGAAUCUUUUGUUUUCACGUCUAGAGGAUCACGUCAAAUUUCCCGGUCAACAAGCAGGGAGGAUCUGGCUCAUAGAUUACAAAAGCAUGGAGGAUUUUUUAAGUUUCGCACUAAAAAUAAAAUCCUUCAAUUGGUUGAAUUGUUGAUAGCAGAGAAGAAAUGGUUGGAGGAAAACCCCUCACAAGCACUUCCUUUUAGGGUAACUAAAUCAGUUCAGAAGAGCUAAUUGAUGGGCCAAUCUCAUGGUGCAGAUGCCUUGAGGUCUCUCUUUCUAAAUAAAACACUACUCCCUCCGUCCAAUAUCCCAUAUUAGAUGACCUCAUUUGACAAUUGUCCUAUAUACUUUAACUAUAUUUUUCAACUAAUAUAAAGAUAAAUAAUAUCAUAUAAGAUGUUGAAUUCGUCUCGAUAAAUAUUUUCAAAAUACUACAUUUUCAUAAUUUUUUAAUAGAUAAUUAAAGAUAUUAAAAAUAAAAAUUAUGUAUUGAUAUGUAUGACAGAGUCAAGUAUGUCACUUGAUAUGGGAUUUAGGUAGUAUGAUCCAACUUGCAAAACUCAUUCAAACAUGAGAUAUAGUUGCAUAAAUUGAGAAGAUAUUUAUUUUAUAUAUUAUUAUUGUUGUUGGUUUCUUAUGGAGUCGGUGCUAUUUUUGUUAGUGUGUUUACAAUUCUAUCUACCAAACGUUUUUAU